GCAUUGUUGAGACAGUUCGACCGUCAACAUGAUCUGCAUAUUCUAGAUGUCAACGGCAAAGGCAACAACUUCUCUCGCGACAACAGACGGUGCAUGGGGCAAGCAGCGGCCACUCCCACCUCCAUGACUCCAAAAGUCCCCCAAUUUGCUGGGGACUUUGCAUGACUUGGGUGCGGAUCUUAUCCUGUCCGGCACUGGCACAGCAAUACUACGGCCCCGAAUCAGCCUAGUAAUACCACACACAAUGAGCCCUGGAACGCCCACUUUUGCGGAGGACCUUUUGCGUGGUACCAAGGUCUACCAGAAAAGGACUCUUCGUAUAUGAAGCCUGGGGUCUCCGCAUGCCCCCUCUAAUUGCGUCCGUUCUUCUCUUCCUCUGUCCCAAGUCUUCUGUUUGCUGAGGAAUUGACGAUUGGAUCGAGUGUUACGAGACCGCCCCCUCCUUCAUCAUGAUUAGCUCUAUGAUCCGCGCCGUUGUGGCUGGCAGCGCCAUUGCCGGUGUUGCCGAAGCCGGACGUCUCAGUGUCGUCGCCCACGAUGGCCUAACCCGCGUCAACCACGGCGCCAUGAUGCCUGGCCAGAACAAGGCCGAUGCCGAUGCCUACUGCUACGGCCUCUACCCCGAGUCGGUGCCCUGCCCCAUUGUCGCCACUACCUUUGACCAGCUCAUCGACCACGACAAGCCCGAGCUCGGCACCUUCAAGCAGCGCGUCUGGUACAAUGCCGAGUUCUACGCUGGUCCUGGCGCCCCUCUUCUGCUGAGCACGCCUGGUGAAGGUGCUGCCGACCACUACCAGCCUUACACCAUGAACCAGACGCUUGCCGGCGCCUACAUGCAGGACCAGAAGGGUGCUGCUAUCGUCCUUGAGCACCGCUAUUGGGGAGACAGCUCGCCCUACGACACAAUCAACGCCAAGACGCUGCAGGCCCUCACUCUGGAUCAGUCGCUCCGCGAUCUCGUCUACUUUGCCCGCAACGUCGACCUGCCCUUCACCAACGGCACCUCCCACCCGGACAAGUCGCCCUGGACGUUCCUCGGUGGCUCGUACCCUGGCGCCCUCGUCGCAUACAUGAACAAGCUCUACCCCGGCACUUUCUGGACUUACCACGCCUCCAGUGCCGUCGUCGAGCCCAUUGGCGAUUACUGGCGCUACUUUGACCCCGUCUCUGCCGCUAUGCCCGCCAACUGCAGCAAGGACUGGAAGCUGGCGAUCAAGCAGCUCGACACGAUGAUGGAUUCCCGUGAUGCUGCUGGCCGUACGGCCCUCAAGAGCAAGUUUGGUCUCGGUGAGCUCGCCGACGACGACUUUGCCUCCACCCUCCUGGCCCCUCUCGACUCCUGGCAGGGAAACAAGUUCUACACCAAGCCCAAGGACGUUGUCCUCUACAACCUCUGCGACUACAUUGAGGGUGUUGGAAACCACAAUGAGAACAACACCGUUGUGCCUGGCGCCGAGGGCGUUGGCUCAUGCAAGGCCCUUCACGGUCUGGCCAAGUACAUGCGCGAAGUCUUUGUUCCCAAGGGUCCUUGUGACGGCCAGGACUGGCCCAACGGCAGUCUGCAAUGCUUCAAUACCCACAACCUCACCAGCCCAAUCUACACCGACCGCACCGUCCGUAACAACUACAACCUGCAGUGGUUGUGGAUGUGUUGCAACGAGCCUUUCCAGCACUGGCAGGCUUCUUUCCCCGGCGACAUCGGCAUGGUCUCCAAGUACUACACCACCCAGAUGGCUCGCGACCAGUGCGCUCCUCUCUUCCCCGACACCGACGGUUUCCAGUACGGCCUGAAGCUCGGCCGCACCACCGAGCAGAUUGUCGAGAAGACCACCGGCUGGAAGAACGUCAACACCACCCGUCUUAUCUACGUCAACGGCGAGUUUGAUCCCUGGAGGCCCGAGACUGUCUCCUCCGAUGAGCGCCCCGGCGGCCCCCUCCAGUUCACCGAUGAUGUCCCCGUCUUUGUCAUCAAGAACGGCACGCACUGCGCCGACUUGAGACUUGCCAGCGCCAAUGCCAACUCUGCCCUCGCUGCCCAGGUCGCCCAGAUGCGCAGCAUCAUGGGCAAGUGGACUGCCGAGUUCUACACGGAGAAGGGUAUCAAGCGUCCCGGCUUCUAAAGUGCAUGUCAUUGUCACAUUUGGUAUCACUUCAUGUAUAUAUACAAAACAGAACGCACAUGGUUCCUAGUCAGGAUAAACGAUGCGACGAUAUAAGGCUUGACGAUUGCAUGCCACCGCAGAAGACGAUAUAUAUAACUAGAUGUAUUAAUCGUAUUGAAAUACUAUAUUCACCUUGC